UCUUAUUUUGUAAGAUUGACCGCCGGGCCGGCGAGCCUGUGAAAGUCUUCAGUUUGACUUGAGUUCAGGAGAAGAGAUCAUGUCUGCCGUCGUAGGCGAGCUGCACUCACCUACAAUCUCAUUCAAAACGAGUUCUUUAUGAAAUAACAGCGGCGCGAGACCUCCAGGAUGUCCAGCUCGGGAGCUGUUCAGGUGAAACUGGAACUCGGACAUCGUGCACAGGUCAGGAAGAAACCCACGGUGGAAGGCUUCACUCACGACUGGAUGGUUUUUGUCCGAGGACCGGACCACAGCAACAUCCAGCACUUUGUGGAGAAAGUUGUUUUUCACCUGCAUGAAAGCUUCCCCAAGCCAAAAAGAGUAUGCAAGGAUCCACCAUACAAAGUGGAGGAGUCUGGAUAUGCAGGCUUCAUCUUACCCAUUGAAGUUUACUUUAAAAAUAAGGAAGAACCGAAGAAAGUUCGCUUUGAUUAUGACCUGUUUCUUCACCUGGAAGGUCACCCCCCAGUCAACCAUCUUCGCUGUGAGAAACUAACGUUUAACAACCCAACAGAUGAAUUUCGAAGGAAGCUGCUGAAAGCCGGAGGGACACGGGACCCUCACAAGCAAGUUUCAGAAGAAUCUAAAGUAAUGGUAAUGCAGGAGGGAUCAACAUCUCUGUUCAGCCAGCACCUCAAACUUCCAACACUUCCCAACAACUCGCUUACAUCCUCCUCUGACCCAAAGAAGACCAAGAGCUUCCACAGUUCAAAGGAUGGUUCCAAAGGAGGUGGAGCUGCUCCUCUCACCACAGCCACAACGACGAGCACUAACAGCAGCAGCUUCUCCAAACUCCACAAACCCUCCAAAGAUCACAAAGAGAAACCUUCAAAAGACUUGAAAGAGCCCAAAAGUGCCUUUAGAGACUCCGGCUGGGAACCCAGCAAAGUUCCAAAAGAAUCUUCAAGGAAACCCAAAGAGAACCAGCCACUUAGAGAUAGCAAUCCUAAAAUCGGCUUCAAGGAGCCCAAGGCUUUCUCCAAGGAGCACAGGAAUGAGGGAUUGACCCAUGCAUCAGGGCUUAAAAAGCGCCUAUCCACUCUGGAUAGUGAUGAUCUUAUGACUAAAAGAUGCAAAAAAGGAUUUUUGGAUCCAUCGGGAAGGAAGAUGCCGAGCUCAGACACUCAGCAUUUAAAUAAAAAGCUCUUGACGGAUAGAUUGCCUAUGGGGACUAGUAAAUUACGACCAGAAAAUGAAGAGGCAGAACACAGGAAAGCACCUAAGCAUCCACCAUUCCAGGGACUUGUUGACCGCAAUGACUCCGAAAUGGAGGACCAGUCCAAGUCAGAUUCCGAGCAGCCCAGUCCUGCUAGUUCCAGUUCCAGUUCAGGCUUUGCUCCCACACACCACAAACGUCAAGUACUGGGCCCACUUCAGUCAGUGAUGCAGGAUCUACAGUCAGACAACGAUGAGGAGGAGGAUUCGGAGGACAACGACAACGAUGCAGACUCUGAUGCAGAACGACUAGCACACACACACCUCACACACCAUCAGUGCAGGGUUAGUUGGAGUGAUGGGAGUGAAAAUGAUGGCUCCUCUCCUUCUCCUACCAGCAAAGAGGCCCCAACUGUAUUUAAGACUACUAAUAACAAGAUACUUGAAGUAAAAUCUCCCAUCAAACUGAACAAGCAGGACAAGAAUGCAAACAUGGAUUGCGACAAGGCUUAUCUGGAUGAAUUGGUGGAGCUUCAUAAAAGACUGAUGAUGCUGAGAGAAGGUCAUAUAUUGCAACAGAUUGUCAACCUCAUUGAGGAGACUGGCCAUUUUCACAUCACAAACACAACGUUUGACUUUGAUCUUUGCUCCUUGGACAGAAGCACUGUUCGAAAGCUCCAGAGUUACCUGGAAACCUCUGGACUAUCCUGAGGCUCGCCUCAGCUGUUCCUCUCGAUCUCUGGUUUCUUUUUUACUUUUAAAUAAAUAUGCCAAGACUGGAAUGAAAAGCCUCUGCUGUGUGUCUGGUCUGUUGGUUGGACCAGGCUCCCUGAGUGAAGAGGUGGUACUGCUGCACAAACCAGAGCCAGGUCUUGUGUAAAAUUAGACCUGUUAUCAGGAGAUUACCUGGAAAACCUUGAAAUUUCACAUUGAUUUUAAAAGGAGUGGUUGCUUUGCUGCUCUUUAUGAAUCUGCAUAUGUUAUCAUGUAUGUUCUUUUGUUUAGUGUGAAAAAUACAUGGUAAACAUUUCCCUACAGCAUUCUAAGUCUCAUUUAUUGGAUUUGUUUACAGGUGUUUGAAAUCAAAGUAAAACUUGGUAGACGGAAACAUUUUAGACCUCUUAGAUUUGGGGUGUUUUCUGAUCACUGUUGGAGUCAGAAGACUGACUAGUUUUACUGCUGUAAGGGAAGAAAAGUCUGCCUAGGUACGUUUGGGGUUAGUUUUCUAUUUCAGUAUGUUUUAGUCUAGGCCAGCUUUGCAGGAAUCCUCUUGGAUGGUGAAGGCGACUAUUCAAAUCUGGUGUAAAACUCAAAGAUAUCUGAUGAGGCUGUUGUGAGUUCAUCACAGCCAGUGUGUGUUCAGAUUGGAUUCAAACAAGGCCGACUAGUAAACCCUUUAAUUCAACACACACAGAUCAUUGUCUACCAUGUCUUAACGCAACCGCAUUGGGUAGUUUUUAGUUUCAGCUUUAAGCUUUUAGACUUUUUAUUUUUGAACAAUUAGUUACAAAACCAAAACAUCAGAGGUCAUCCGUCUCACAAGAUUAUAGGGGUGGGCGAUAUAACCUAAAAUCUAUAUUGCGACAUAAUUUGAAAAAUGUGCGGUAACGGUAUAUAUUGCGAUAUAUGACUUUCUUUUGUACAUGUGUCAAAAAUGACUGUUUCUAAACAUACUCACAUACCAGAUACAUUGCAGCAGCAGAAAAAACACACUUCAAACAGUAUAAAAUGCCAUUUUAAGAAAAUUUAUUGCGCAAAUAUCUAAAAGCUUUACGAGUAAUAUUUAAGAUGUGCAACAGAUCUUUUUCCAAAAAAUGGAAUGCACCAUUCUUUAAUAAAAAAUAAAAUUUUGGAUAUUUUAAAUAAAAAUACAAGUAAAAGUUAGCUAAACACAAAAGUUUUUAAAAUAAAGUGAAAAAUGUCUUACCGCUCGACUGACUGGGCGUUUGUUGAGGACGCAGUUUUUGGCUUUCUUCGUAUUCCACAACGUGCUUCGUUUUGACGUGGUAAAACAUGUAUUCCCUCUAUUCGCUAAUACUUUCUUCUGGCAUACUAUGCAGAUUAUAUUGUUCUGCUCCACAUCCGACUCUUUAAAGCCAAACCAAGUCCAAAUGAUCGAUGUUGCACCGGUCUUCUUUACGAGAACCUCCUCCUCCUCCACCACAGGCUCCAUGCUUUCAGCCUCAACAGACGCCGCUUGAUGACAUCAUCAACAUGCGCUACCGCGAUAGGCCGAUAUAGUCAAUAUCUCUACCGUUGGCCAAAUUAAUAUCAUUUCUACCGUAUACCGUUUAUACCGCCCACCCCUACAAGAUUAUAUCUAUUCUUUUUAAGGAAAGCCAAGUAGUCAUGAUGUGGUGCAGCACAUACCGCCCUAAAUCAUGCUAAACCCAUACAUACAUUCAAAAGUGGGUGUAAAGGACAGCUUUGGGUUUUUUAAUAGUGAUAAAGGUUGUUGGGGAAAUUCCUUUAAUGAGGAAAAUUUUUGCUGCAUUUCUGGGGUUUUUGAGGAAAUAUUUUUGUGGAAGUGACGAGUCAGAGGGGUCAGGAACUGUUUGGAUGUAAAAAGUUUUUUAUUAUUUAUUUUUACAGUUUCUGUAAAAGCCAGUUGCUAGACGGAGUGGCUGGAGUGGGGAUGGUGGUUUUCUACGUGUUCUUAAAGGGUUUCCCUUGUCCUGUUCUGUCUUUGUGUCUUUUGUGUUUUUGGAGAAAACUGAAUAAAUGUUCUGUAUGAUGUA